AUGGGUAGGGGCAGCUGGCUGAGCAGUGGGAGCUGGAGUAGUGGGUCCGCUCUGGGGCUGGAUGGGAAGCAUCAGCCAGAUGUGGCCAGAUGUGACCAUUGGGAGGUUCCUUGUGGUGCUCCUCACUUGUUAGAUCAGGAGAGACAUGAAGUGGCAUCAGCAAGUGUGCUGGAGACCCUCAUUGGCACAGACAUUGUGGUGGAGGAUGUGGUCAAGAUGGAAGCUGUUGAAGCUGCUGUAGUCUCACAUCAUGUCAUGGAACAGUGUAGAGAGUGUGCCGAGGUUAUCAUCGAGGUUGUGGGAGGCAAGGAUACCAUGGCAAUGAAUGAGAAGAUCCCGAGUGGAUUUAUGGAGGCCCUGUACAUACAGACUUGGAAGUUCAUAAUUGAGAUUUCAUCUAGGCUCACCCCAAACAACUACCAAUUUGCGAUGGCCUUAAGUUUUGCCAUAGAAGAGAUCAACAGGAACCCCACUCUUUUACCUAAUAUGACACUAGGAUAUAAUAUUUACAAUGCUGGGACCUUGGACCAAGAAAUAGUACAUAAUUUGCUCAGUUGGCUCACAGGGCAGAACAGACUCAUUCCGAACUAUACCUGCAAAGCAGAGGAAAAAUCUGUGGCUGCAAUCACAGCAACAACAUGGGAAAUUUCUUCCUUAAUUGGCAUAUUUUUGGGUCUUUAUAAAUAUCCACAGCUGAGCAUUGGACCUUUUGAAUCAAGUAUGAAUAACUCUGUGAUGUUUCCUUUUUUAUAUUAGAUGGCUGCCAAAGAAUCUUCUUUGGCCUUAGGCAUGUUCUCAUUGUUUGUCCAUUUCGGAAAGAAUUGGGUGGGGCUGAUCAUUUCAGAGGAUGAGAAUGGUGUUAGCUUUGUCAUAGACUUGAUUCCAGAAAUGGAAAGAAACACAGUCUGUGUAGCCUUCAUGGAAUUUAUCUCAAAUAACAACAUGAUAAUUGCAGAAAACAUUUAUGAAGAGUUUGCAAAGACAGUGAACCCUUCCAAAUACCCUGAUGUCAUUUUUCUUGCAAGACUGUGGGAGACGUUUUGUGCAAUAUCUAAAGCUAACUGUCAAUCAUUAAAAAAUUGUUCAUCUAGAGGCAAAGUGGUACCUUGGUACCACUUUGACAUAGACAUAAGUGUUGGCAGUUACCAUGUAUACAAUGCUGUGUAUGCUGUGGCCCACACCAUCCAUAAGAUACUUAUUGAAAAAGUCGAUGUAAGAGGAAUAAAAAAUGGAGGAACAAUGAACUUUCCCCCUUUAAAGCUAAAGGUUUUGUUAAAGAAUAUUAAAUUCAUGAAUCCUGGUGGAGAUCGAAUAAUUUUGAAUCCUUCAGAGGAAUUUCAUAUAGAUUAUGACAUUAUGAACCUCUGGGAUUUUCCACAAGGUCUUGCAUAUAAAGUGAAAAUAGGAACAUUUUUUCCAUAUUAUCCACCUGGUCAACAAUUGUCAAUUUCUGAGGACAGGAUAGAGUGGAGCAUAGGAAUGGAGCAAGAGGUUCCUAUCUCUGUGUGCAGUGAAAGUUGUCAUCCUGGAUUCAGGAAAUCUCCUCAGGAAGGAAAACCUACUUGCUGUUUUGAUUGUGUCCUAUGCCCAGAAAAUGAAAUUUCCAAUGGAACAGGCAAGUAUAUUGAUCAAUGUGUGAGGUAUGCCAACACAGAUCGAACCCUCUGCAUCAUUUUUCCUGUAAUAUUUUACUUGAGUAAAGGAGUAAGCAUGGCAGUGUGGCAGUCCCAUGACGAUGGAACUGGAAAUGAGGAGGGCACUAAAAGAGCAUUGCUACCUCAGAGAAACUUCUCAGGAGACAGAGAUGAAAAUGACAAGUUUGCCUACACAGUGGUAUUUACAAGUGGUCUGCGUUGGUCAAUAUGGCAGCUAGGGGCUUUCGAGCAUUGUCCUCCUUCCUUGUGCAAGCAGGGAGGCCAUGGCCUGGCCAAGGCGGGAGCCUUGCAAUAUGGCGCAGGUUGA